AUGUGUUUCGGAAGUUCCAAGCAGGACGACCCCCGCGCGAGGAAAAAUGCCGACAUUGAGAAGCAGCUGAGGGCCGACCAGAAGAAACAGGCAAAAGAGGUCAAGAUCCUACUCUUGGGUGCCGGUGAGAGCGGCAAGUCGACAGUGUUGAAGCAGAUGCGCCUGAUCCACACCAAGGGCUUCUCACAGAGCGAACGUAGGCAAUGGAAAGUGACCAUCUUCAACAACCUGAUCCACGCCUUCCAAUGCAUUCAAGGUGCCAUGGAAGAGCAUGAGGUCGCCUUCGAGAACCCACAAAACAUCAAAGCGAUGGAAGUCGUCUGCUCGGAACCGGAAAUUGGGACUGAUGAUCCCAUGCCACUAGAUUGCAUGCACGCUUUCAAGAACUUGUGGGACGAUGAUGGUGUGCAGGGUGCCAUUGCAAAAGGUCACGAAUAUGCCCUGCACGACAACCUCGAAUACUACAUGAGUGAUCUCGGCAGGCUCUUCGAAAAGAACUACGUUCCCGGAGACCAGGACAUCCUGCGUGCACGCCUUAGAACGACAGGUAUCAGUGAGACCGUCUUCGAUACCGGAAACCUGACUUUCAAGAUGUUUGACGUCGGUGGUCAACGCUCUGAGAGAAAGAAGUGGAUUCACGUUUUCGACAACGUACAAGUCGUCUUGUUCCUUGUAGCCAUCAGCGGUUUCGACCACGUUCUGGUCGAAGACAAGAAUGGAAACCAAAUGCAUGAAGCUCUGAUGCUCUUCGAGUCCAUUGCCAACAGUCGUUACUUCGAGAAGUCUGGCCUGGUGCUCUUCCUCAACAAACUCGAUCUCUUCACCGAAAAGGUUUCCACAGGCCGAACACGCAUUCGUGAUCACUUCCCAGAUUUCCAAGGCGGCAACACAGAUGUGGCAGCAGGACAGAAGUUCUUCGCCGACAAGUUCCGCAACCUGGUACGGGACCCUACGAAAGAGGUUUACGUGCAUGGCACGACGGCCACAGACACCAACCUACUGGAGAAGACGAUGAAGAGCGUGCAGGACAUGAUCGUCCAACGCAAUCUGCACUCGCUGAUGUUGUGA